AUGUUCUACUCUCAUGAUUUGCUCCAAAAGAGCGGGCCGCUCGCUCGCGUCUGGCUCUCGGCCAACAUUGAACGGAAGCUCUCCAAGAACCAUAUUCUCCAGUCCAAUGUCACGGACAGUGUCGAGGCCAUUAUCACACCUAACCAGGCGCCGAUGGCCCUGCGACUAAGCAGUCAGCUGUUGCUUGGUGUGGUGCGAAUCUAUCAACGAAAGACGCGUUACUUAUUGGACGACUGCAAUGAAGCUAUGAUGAAGAUCAAGAUGGCUUUCCGAUCCACGGGAAACAAUGAUAUGGCUGUUAGCUUGCAGCUGCCCAACCGCGAGGCCCUGACGCUUCCGGAUAAGAUUACGCCCUACGACAACUUUGAACUGCCCCCACCGCCCGACGCAAAUUGGCUCUUGUCGCAAGUGGAAGACGUCGCUACGAGCCAGGUUGGUCGCAAGGGUCGUCCGAGCCAAAGAGACAUCAACCUGCAGGAAGAGUACGACAACAGCCAGUUUCUCAAUGGUGGCUUUGGCGCAGAGGAUGAAAUGAUGGCAGGUGCUAAUACUAUCGAUCUCGGCUUGGAUUUUGGACUGGAAGAAGAGGAAGAAGACCUAACUGCUGAGGUGGAACGUGGUCGUCGGGCCAGUCAGGCCCCAUCUAUGGAACCUGAUUUUGGUGGAUCAGAGGUUGAAGGCGUCCAGAAGAGCAUAGAGGGCGAGACAUCUCUUGAGCUGCACGGGCCCAUGAUUGUUGACACCGAAGGAGAUAUUGCCAUGGGCGGCGAUAUGGAGUUUGGUGUCCCACAGGAAGACCUGACCGAGAUGCCCAUGAUGCAUUCCCCUCCUCGCGAGCGUAUUUCCGAGUCACCGCUCUCCGAUAUUGACGAGGAGGUCGCCGCUAAUCUGGAGGACGAGUAUUCGAGACACCAGAUGACGGAUCUUUACGAACCCGACCACGAAGCAGAGGAGACUCUUGUCCGACGACCCGCGCAACGCGCCAGGAAGCAGAAAAUCUUGACGCCUGACGAGGAGAUUGCUCUUUCCAGCAACCACAUUAAGCAACAGCAGGCCAACCGGGAUAACAUCAUCAAGGAGGCGGGAUUCCUCCCCCGUGAUCCCUUUUUGCUGGCAUUGAUGGACAUGCAGAAGAGUGGUGGAUUUGUCUCAUCAAUCAUGAUGGAGGGACGAAGCUCUGCCUGGGCCCCCGAACUACGAGGAAUGCUCUCACUAGACGCUGUUCGCGGCUUGAACGAGCUGAAGCGGAAGCGGGAUAGCGGAAUCGCCGAUGUCGAGAGCGAUCACGGCGCGUCCAAGUCUCCACGCCUGGUGCUCGGCGAGGAUACGGAAAUGGGCUUUGGUGAAGGCGGCCUUGGCGGUGAGCUGAGUGUGGCGCCUGAAGAGACUCAGCUCGAAAUCCCCGGCGAUGAUGGAGGUGUCCCGCCUGAGCACUUGGACGAGGAGGAGCCUGGCACCCCGAUGCCUGGCUUUGAAGAUACCACUUACCCUCUUGUUCACCCUACUGAGAGCGGUCCUGUGUCAAUGGGCACCAAGCACGCCGUUCAUGUCCUCCGAGAUAGAUUUGGCGCCGAUGCCGCCGACAGCCCCGGAAAGCGACUUGAGAGGGCGGUUAACUUCCAGACCCUCUGCCCUGAGAAGGCGACCAGCAAGGCUGAUGCUACCAAGAUGUUCUUUGAGUGCUUGGUGCUUGCAACCAAGGACGCCAUCAAGGUUGAGCAGGGCCCAGGACUCGGAGACGAUAUCCGGAUACGGGCCAAGCGAGGCCUUUGGGGAGCCUGGGCUGAGAGGGAGGCUGGCGGCGAGAUGGCUCAAGAAGACGGAAACGAACCUGAGCCUGCCGCUGUGGUUGCGCCUGCCGUGGCCGUGUCGGCGUGA